GCCCACGCGUGACGGGCUCCCGGCCCCCCGCUGAGCCAUGAGGCCAGUGCCAAUGAGAUGGAUAGUACCUUGCCAGCAGUAGCAGAAGAGCUUUUGAAAGAGAUCAAAAAGGCUUUUCAGGAGACCUCACAUGUCCCCGAUGACCUGCUGCUGGGGCUGAAGUUCAUAUUUGGCCCAUCUGCUGUCCCAGCGUUGGAUUUGGUGGAUCAGCGUUCUGUCACCCGAGUCAUGUCCCCCAGCGGAAGGACUGCAUACCAGGUCCUUGGGAGCUCAGGCAAACUCUACACCUGCUACAGUUCCUGCCACUUCUGCACGUGUCCCGCUUUUGGUUUUACUGUAUUGCAGAAGAGCGAGAGCCUUCUGUGCAAACAUAUACUUGCCGUCUACCUCAGUCGGGCCAUGGGAGCCUGCCAGGAACUAACUGUCUCCGAGGAGCAGCUCACAAGCAUCUUACUGGCUGAGGAAGAGGAUGAAGGAUGAAGGAUUUGGAUCACAUGCGGAUGUGCUUUCUGUGUACCCUCCUGGCUGUGUAGCUGACGUUUUUCGUAUCUACAAGUCUGUCAAAUGUUCAUCGUGGAUGAUAGGUUUCUUCCUGUGCUGCAGCCAAGUGUGACAUUAAUUAGCAGCCUUACACUGACAGAUUAAUUAAUAAAUGUUAAGAAGCCUGUGUUGACUUCAGUUUCAUUUAUUUAGGCUAUUCUUGGGAUUUCUGAAGAUCUUUGAACUAAUCUGUAAUAUUGUGUGCUUGUAAUGUGGGGAUACAAACAGUCCCGCAGGUCUCUUAGUGAUCCAUUA